AUUUUUGGAAAGAGAGGAAUUUUGAUACUUUGGAAUUUUGCUUUCUUCGGAAAACUUUCAAAGAAAAUUAUCCAAAUUUUUGUAUUUGUAAAACUACAAACAUUGCUGGUUUUGAGCUCGGGCCGAGAAAAGACCGGUUGUUGGGCCGGGCCGGCAUGAGACGGGUUGGGCCGGGUCGGCAUGAGCCGGGGCAGGAUGGUUCCCGCCCGGAGGCUUCCUACCGUCCUCCUGGCUCCAAUGCGGUAUUCUUUAUCCUCAGUUUUGUGGCCUCCCCAGCCUUUCACCUUUACUUUUCAAUGUUCUUUGUUUCGCCUCCCUCUAUUCUCCCUUUUGCCAUCGAUGUUGUGGAUGUUUUGAUUUUUCCGUGUACCGUACUGCUGUUUACAAGACUGUGAAGAGUGACUAACUGCAUCGUGCUGCGCCUGUUUAUGUUCAAAUUGGUUUUGAAACUGUUCUGAAGUGAUAUAAUAUCGGGUCUGGACAAUUGUUGCUGUAUCCAGGACAAAGUUAUAACAGGUGGUUUAUCUUGUACAUGGAGCAUGGUAUCCUGAACUCAUAUUUCUCUACCAGCUCUGCUCAGUGGUACUAAGAGUAGAAUGAUCAAUCAUAUUUAAACAUCCAAAUAAACCAGUGAAAGGUUGUCUGACAAAUAGAAAUGUCAAGCUCAGAAAUUAUUCACCAAAGCAAUAAUAAAAUACUUAGCUACGUUAACAUUUUGUAGAAUCUUAAUCUCUAGAAUUUUGAAUUAUGCAUGUUUGAGACCCAAAAAGGGAAUAGUUAAAGUUAAAACAUUAAAAUGUCAAGUUUAAAUUCUCAUCUUUCGAGUUCUCACAUUUCCUAGUUCUCUAGUUCUCUAGUUCCCUAGUUCUACAAUUAUCCAGUUUACUAUAGUUCUCCUGUUUUCUUGUUCUACAGUUUUCCAGUUCUCUAGUUUCCUAGUUCUCCAGUUCUCCAGUUUCCUAGUUCUCUUAUUCCCUAGUUCUCUAGUUCCCUAGUUCUUCAGUUCUUGAAUUAUAAAGUUCUCUAUUGUUUUAGUGAUUCAUUUAAUCAUAAUGUAAGGACUUGUUAAACUCUGAAAUAGAAUAUGAUAAUAUUAGUUAAAGAGAGGUUCUAACUUCUAGAAAUUAAAGUUAAAAGAAUCUUCAAAACUCGGAGAUUUUUAAUCCUUUAUGCAAACACAUCAAUUACCGUCUUCAAAUCUCAACUAAGAAGCUGGAAUAUAUGGUUAAAGAGUGAGAAAGAAAUAUUAAAAAAAAAGAAAUAAAAGUUUUGUGAAGCUCCAGGCUGUAUAUUUAGUACAGGCUCAACCUCAAGGGAGAAGGAUUCUCUUGAUUGUACAAUUCUACUCUCCUCAAACCAAUCCAGUAAAUGACAGAACCAUCAGUGAAAUGAGACUAUUUACCUCAAAUAGAACCAGGAUUGAGCAAAAGAAAAUCUCAGAACUUUGACCAAGGACGAAUUUCUCCGAGAUAGAAAAAACUAAUGCAGAGAAAAGGGCAUUUUCCAGUCUGAAGCUGCACCUGGAGUAUUUCAACCAUGGGCUGAGGGUAAUUGAGUUAAAGUAAAUCAAAACUGCCUGUGUGACAAUGCCUCGCUGCUUUUUGCCUAAGAAAAAUCGGGCCAGGGCGGAUAAACGGGAAUGGUCCAUCUCGGAUGGUUCUGAAGGUACCCUGAGCUGUAACCAAUCCAAGCUUGGUUCUAUCCAGGCUGCUCAGUUGACGAGAGUUUACUCAGUAACCCUGGAGGAGAAGGAAUCCAUCAAACUCCGGAAACCCUAUAGAUCUGACUACCCAGAGAAAGGUUUGUCAGUGAGCGGUGUGAAUUGGAAAAGCAAGGAAUCUGAAGUUAACCCAACCAAGAAGGUUUAUAAAGAGAGUGGAAACAGUAUAGUAGAGAACCAUAACCAUGAAACCUACUCCAGGGUAGACCCGAAGAACCAGGAUAACUCCAACCAUGAAUCCUACUUCAGGGUAGACCAGGAAAACCAGGAUAACUCCAACCACGAGUCCUACUACAGGGUAGACCAGGAGAACCAGGAGAACCACGAAUCCUACUCCAGGGUAGACCUGAAGCAAUUCAGUCUUCCACCCUCCCCUGACUCCGGGUUCAGUAAUCCUAGUUCACCCGGCUCUGAUGAUCAGACCUACCCGGAGAAAAGGGUUGAGGUUCAGUUUCUCCAAGUAGCCCAGCAACAGUCCAGGAUUCCAGGUUUGCAUAAUCGGAGCAAAGAAGAGACUGAAGCAGCUCAUGAUCUCCUUCAGCUGUCAAGAUCCCUCCCCCCUCUCCCCCCUCCUACUACUCCUACUCCUCCUCCACACUACCUGGACCAGGGGUAUACAACACUCAUCUAUAUAACCCCGGAGACACCAGGAGAUCAUUAUAUCCCUCUCCCCCUGCCUAGUUUAAAACAAGGAGAGAGUUCAACCUUCUCCACCCUCAACCCUCCUCCCUUCUCAUCAUAUACUCAAAAUACGACCCAGAGAAUAGAUUCAUCACUACAGGAGAACAAACUGCAGAUAGCAGAUGGCACAUUGCAGAUAGCAGACAAUACAUUACAAUUAGCAGAUGAAAAGCUGCAAAUAGAAGACGGAAAACUGCCAAUAAGCGACGGAAGAACCCGACGGAAUAGUGAAGUACAGAGCGGAAAACAGAAAUAUAGUUGCACGGAAUGCGGAAAGGACUAUGCCACGAGUAGCAACCUGUCCAGGCAUAAACAAACCCAUCGUAGCUUGGACUCAGGCAGUGCCAAGCAGUGUCAUAUUUGUCACAAGUUGUAUGUCAGCAUGCCAGCCCUCUCCAUGCAUAUUCUAACUCAUACCUUAAACCAUCGGUGUGAUGUGUGUGGAAAAGCAUUUUCCCGCCCCUGGCUUUUGCAAGGACACAGAAGAUCUCAUACUGGGGAUAAACCCUACUCCUGUGCACUCUGCGUGAAAUCCUUUGCAGAUCGGAGUAAUCUGCGAGCACACAUGCAAACUCAUUCUCCGGCCAAGAAUUUCAAAUGUGAACGAUGUGACAAGAUGUUUGCACUUAAAUCUUACCUCAACAAGCAUCAGGAGUCAGUUUGUAGCAAACCUGGAGUCUUUUUAUAGAAUUCAGUCUUUUUUUAUGUAUUUGAUUCAUCGAACCAUGCUUGGAGUAUGUAAAGGUUCCAGAGUAUGUACUGAACCCUGGAGCAUGUAAAAGCUCUAGAGUAUACAUUGAACGAUGGACUAGGUAUAAUUUCUAGAGUAUGCACUGAACCAUGGAGUAUGUAUAAGUUCUAGAGUAUACACUGAACCUUGAAGCAUGUAAAGGUUCCAGAGUAUGCACUGAACCCUGAGGCAUGUAAAAGCUCUAGAGUAUACAUUGAACCAUGGAGUAUGUAAAAGUUCUAGAGUAUGUACUGAACCGUGGAGUAUGUAAAAUUUCUAGAGUACGCAUUGAACCAUGGAGUAUGUAAAGGUUCUAGAGUAUAAACAUUUUAAGAAUCUGCAUCAAACCUUAAAUCUGCAUAUUGAGGAAACAUGAAUGAAAGCAACAAUAUUUAAAACCAGAUUAAUCUUCUUGAUAAUCUUGGCUGAAAGGGACUGUAGACGUAAUUUCAAGUGACUCUAUUUGUAAUAAUAAAGUAGAUGUCGUCGUUGUUUAUCUAGAAACCACGAUAAAAAAUACCUUGUUUGAGUGAAGGUUAAAAAAGUACCAUCGUAAAUCGAGAAUGGAUGGUUACUUGAAAUGAAUCUUAUACAGUCCCUUUAAUGCUUAUAGAAAUACUGUAAAAAGUGAUCUUUUUGCUUCCUUCUUUUUUACUUCUAAAUAUUAGUGAUAUUAAUAAUGUAGAAAUUUUAAGUGAUUUAUAUUUAUAAAAAGUGCUUUUUGUUGAAAUUUUUAAUCAAAACCAUGUUUUCCAACUCAAUGCUCAUAAACUUAUUAGUAAACUACUGGCUGUACUUAAAAUUAAAUCUAUGCAAAAUUUAAAAAAAGUAAGAGCAAAUUUGUGUUACAAAAGAUCUGCAGGUUGUAAUGCAGACUUGAAACUGUCAAAACUGUAAUAAUCGUUGUAUCAAUAUAGAAACAAGUAGGUUGUACCACAAAUUCUAAUUCUAAAAUUUCUAAUUCUCAUUUGUUUGACCCGCAAUAUACAAGAAAAUGAAAUAAAAUUUUAUUUUUUC